ACUCGCCUCUCCCGUCGGUCUCCCUCCCGCGCUAUGGCCUCCGCGCUGAGCUAUGUCUCCAAGUUCAAGUCCUUCCUGAUCUUGUUCCUCACCCCAAUACUGCUGCUGCCACUCGUCAUUCUGAUGCCCGCCAAGUUUGUCAGGUGUGCCUAUGUCAUCAUCCUCAUGGCCGUCUACUGGUGCACCGAGGUCAUCCCUCUGGCAGUCACCUCCCUCAUGCCCGCCUUGCUCUUCCCGCUCUUAAAGAUUCUGGACUCCAAGCAGGUGUGUGUCCAGUACAUGAAGGACACAAACAUGCUGUUCCUGGGUGGUCUCAUCAUGGCGGUGGCUGUGGAGCGCUGGAACCUGCACAAGAGGAUAGCCCUGCGGACGCUCCUCUGGGUGGGGGCCAAGCCUGCACAGCUGAUGCUGGGCUUCAUGGGCGCCACAGCCUUUCUGUCCAUGUGGAUCAGCAACACGGCCACCACAGCCAUGAUGGUGCCCAUCGUGGAGGCCGUGCUGCAGCAGAUGGAGUCCGCCGCCGCUGCCGCCGAAGCCAGCCGGGGAGCCCUGGAGCUGGCAGACAAGGGCAAGGCGGGCACGCUGCCAGGGAGCCAAGUGACCUUCGAGGGCCCCCCUGAGGGCCGGGGGUCUGACGGCGACAGGAGGAGCUUGUGCAAGGCCAUGACUCUGUGCGUGUGCUACGCGGCCAGCAUCGGGGGCACCGCCACGCUGACAGGCACGGGACCCAACGUGGUGCUUCUGGGACAGAUGCACGAGCUGUUCCCCGCCAGCAAAGACCUGGUGAACUUCGCCUCUUGGUUCGGGUUUGCCUUCCCCAACAUGCUGGUGAUGCUGCUGCUGGCUUGGCUGUGGCUACAGUGCGUGUACAUGAGGCUAAGUUUCAAGAAGUCCUGGGGCUGCGGGCUGGAGAGCAGGAACCACGAGAAGGCCGCUUACGAGGUGCUGCGGGAGGAGUACAGGAAGCUGGGGCCCUUCUCCUUCGCCGAGGCCAACGUCCUGCUCUGCUUCGUCCUGCUGGUCGGCCUGUGGUUCUCCCGGGACCCGGGCUUCAUGCCUGGUUGGGUGUCGCUGGCCUGGGAGGAGGGCGAGACGAAGUACGUGUCUGACGCCACCGUGGCCACUUUCGUGGCCACCUUGCUGUUUGUCGUGCCUUCGCAGAAGCCCCAGUUUAGCUUCCGAGGCCAGACCGAGGAGGAAAGGAAAGCUCCGUUUUACCCCCCUGCGCUGCUGACCUGGAAGGUGACCCAGGAGAAAGUGCCCUGGGGCAUCGUAUUGUUGCUGGGGGGCGGCUUUGCCCUGGCCAAAGGAUGUGAGGCCUCAGGGCUGUCUGAGUGGAUGGGGAAGCAGAUGGAGCCCUUGCGCUCUGUGCCCCCCGCAGCCGUCACCUUGAUCCUGUCCCUGCUCGUCGCCGUGUUCACUGAAUGCACAAGCAACGUGGCCACCACAACCCUGUUCCUGCCCAUCUUUGCCUCCAUGUCCCGUUCCAUUGGCCUCAACCCGCUCUAUGUCAUGCUGCCCUGCACGCUGAGCGCAUCCUUUGCCUUCAUGCUGCCUGUGGCCACCCCGCCCAACGCCAUCGUGUUUGCCUACGGACACCUCAAGGUUUCGGACAUGGUGAAAACGGGACUCAUGAUGAACGUAAUUGGAGUCCUCUGCGUGUUUCUGGCGGUGAACACCUGGGGACGGGUCAUUUUUGACUUGGAUCAUUUCCCUGAAUGGGCUAACGUGACCAACAUCGAGACCUAGGGACAGACGCACAGCACGGCCCACCACCCCGCUCCGCCCUCCUGAGGACCCCCGAGCCUUCCAGCACACCUUGCAACAGAGCCCUGGGGUUCCCUCCCCAGAGUGACCCGGUGACGCCCACACCCCCACGGAGACCGCACCAAGGGUCGGUUCCUCCCCCAGGCCCAGGUUCAGAGCUGGGGAUGGGCAGCUGCUGGGAGGACGUGGAGGGAUUUGCCGGAGACUCGGGGGGUGUCUGUGUUUCCCGGGGGGCCCUGCCAUCACUUCUGGGGCAGGUGGGCUCCUGAGGGGCCAGGACGCAGGCUGCCAGCUGGCCCCAAGCUGGGCUCUGGUGUCCACUCGCUCCGUCCAGGUCAUCAAGGUGAAGAUCAGAUCCCAGCUUGGGAAGCGAGAGGUGGGCCUCCUGUAGCUGGCCUCGUGCUGUCUCCGGGCGGCUCUCCUGCUCCUGGAAAGGACGACCCCAGCCAGGGACACAAUGUCUGGAAUUCCAGAGCCUCCUGGAGUCAUGGGGACACGGUGCCACCACCGAAGGACGAGGAAUUUGGACUGAGAGCUUCUGGCCGCUGCCUGUAGCACGUAGCUGGCUGACCUGCUUCCCUCCCUCCCUCCCUCGGUCCCUCUCAGUGGACGUCUGGGCCCCUUCACCGUCCUUCCAUGCACACCCUUUGUUGCCUGGGCCGACGGACACUCAGACCCCUUGGCUGGGGCCCUCUAGUGCACCUGUUCCUCCCUAGGGCUCAGCCUCUCCGGCCACCCCACAUAGCUGGGGUCACACUCCAAGUCUGGGCAGCAAUGGCUCCUUUGGGGCCACCAGUGGGUAUCUGGGUCCUCUCCUACCUGCUGGCUCAGAGUAGACGCCGCUGAUCCCUGCAGGGAGCAGGGGCCUGUCAGAGCAUGUCCGGGCAGAGCACGGGCGUCCCUUGGCUGACUGGCCUCGGCAGCCAGGCCCGGUGACAGCGGAGCUCACGGAGAACAAGCCGUGCCGGUGGCCCCUGAGCAGACAGCACCUGUAGUGGCCCAGGCAAAGCUUGCCGAGUGGCCACGGGGACCCCCAACAGUGACAUGACACACACCCACCCCCGCCUGCCAACCUCCUUUCCUUUGUGGAGGAGAAGCAGGCGCGAGAGCACAUUAGGCUCCUCGUUGGCGUUGGUCAGGGCCAGGGAAGUCAGGAAGUCGGGAACUCAAGGAAACGCUCUCAAGGACCCGGGACGUCUCUGGCUCCCGGGGUGGGUGGUUCCCCACGGCCCCAUGUGUCUUCCCCCAGGAGGGCCACCAGCUCUGGCUUUCCACGGGGGCAGGUGCCUGAGCAAACCCUGGCUCGCCGCCCACUCCUGUCCCUGGUGCUCCUGCUGGCUCUCUCCCUGGGUCCUUGCAGCGGCCUCGUGAAAUGGGCCUGCGUGGUCCUCCGAGGACACGGAGGCUCCGAGGGGCUGAGUCUCAUGUCCAGAGUCGCGCACCGAGUGAGCGGCUGCAUGGCUCUAACCGGACCUUCCACCCUCCUGUCCGCUGCUCCUCAGCCGGCCGCUAAGGGCCUCGGUGCCCAUGGGGCCUGCAGGGAACGGUCGGCCUGUCCACCCCAAGGCCUGCCCGCUCCAGGAACAGUGACGAACGAGCUGCCUCCUCAGAGGUGGGCUUGGGACUGCCGGGGGCGUCCAGCUGGAGAGAACGCAGUGGUGGCUGCCCGUCCCCUCCAAGGCCAGCCGGCUGGCCCUCUCCUCCUGUGCACGGCAGAGGGCGCCCCGAGGACCCGUGCUGGCUGCCGGUCCAGCACUGGGACGUUGGCUGACCCCGAGCGGGUCGCCGUGCGUGUGGUGGGAAAGGAAACGAG